UUUUUCCCCCUUCUUCUUAAGGAUUUCAUAUUGCUUGUCUUGUGGUGCUUUACGAUAGCGAAGUCGAAACUGAUGAUGUUGAUAAUGUUUGUAGAUGAUGACAUAACCUCAGUCAAACAGUCUGUCUAAGUCAAUCUAUACAAGACAGCUCUCACACACUCAAACACACACUCUCUCCCAGUUUCAUCCAAUCGCCCCCCAUUCUUACUUUCUCCCUCUCGUUCGCUUCUAUCGUCUUCGAUACCUCUUUUUUUUUUCUCGUUGUGAAUUCUUCAGUGCGAAAAAAGGCCAGCAAACCAGCUUUGUUAGUUUGAGAAGUGAAGAAAAACAACACACAUGCACACACACACACGCACUCACAUACACACAAACCGUUUGUUGCAGCCAUUCAGUUGAGGAAUUGUUCAGACAGAUGUUACCACCACAACAACAAACAGUUGACUUGCUAAACAGUUAGCAGGCACCUAAAUGUUUAUUGUCACCUUAAAGACUUCUUCCAUGAUGCAAGAAGAUACCGGUGGAAGGAAAUGGGCCGUUAUGGUCUCAGCCUUCUUCGUCCAGUUUAUCAUUUGUGGCAUUACCUACAGUAUGGGAAUAUUCCAUGUGGUCUUCCGACACAUCUUUGCAGGAUCCCACUUUGAUACAUCAUGGAUUUCUGCACUUUUACUUCAUGUCACUGUUAUUUCAAGUGUCCUUUUCCGAUUUGUGACGGCCAAGUUUGGCAGUCGCGUCAGUGUGAUGUUGGGCGGCCUCUUAUCUUCUAUUGGCCUUGCACUUGGAGUCUGUAUUACAGAACUCUAUGAAAUCUACCUUUGCAUGGGUGUCCUUACAGGCAUCGGUUUUGGCAUCGCCUGCUCACCAUCAAUUGUCGCUGUUGAACAGUAUUUCCACCGUUGCCGCUACCAGGCACUCAGCACAGUUCUCGCAGGAAUUGGUUGUGGAAUUAUCGUCUUCCCCAAUUUUAUACGCUACUUACUGGAGAUAUACGCAUGGAGAGGGACCUUACUUUUGUUGUCUGCAAUUACACUGAAUCUCUGUGUAUGCGGAGCAGUGAUGAAACCUCUCAAGUAUGAGAAGGAAGUCCAGCUGCUACCGCUAUUGUCAUGCAUGCCACUACGCAACCCACUUUUCUACGCAAUGUGUAUUGGUAACUUCUUCUGGAGUUUCGGCUCCACCAUCAUAUACAUUUUCCUCCCUUCCUAUGCCCUCAGUAUGGGCACUGACUUUAUUACAGCAACAUUCCUGGUCUCUUGUAUUGGCAUGGCCAGCUUCACAAGUCGCGUUAUCUUUGCAUUCAUGGGACAUAACUCAACACUGGACGAUGUCACUGCCAUCUUGUGUUCAGUUGGACUUGGAGCUGUUAUAACCGGCACCUGUCCGUUGUUAUUUAAACAUUACUCGGGCCAGAUAAGCUAUACACUGCUUUUCGGCUUCUACAGUGGUUUUUGGACCACAUUUAUGUCACAAGUGACCAGAGAGUUACUCGGACCGCAUUAUAUUGCAAUUGGCAAUGGCUAUUUGUCUUUCAUGAUUGCUCUCGGGUCACUAGGAGCUCCCUGUGCUGCAUUACUUAUUCAAGCAGAAGAUGAGUACACAUAUGCCUUUUAUUUAGCUGGUGCCUGUCUGCUGACCAGUGCCACCAUUAUGGUUCUCUUUAAGUACAGACAGUGUGGAUCACCGACACAUUUGACCCCUUCUGAACACAAGACACCAUUAAUGAACACUUCCAACGGUACUGCCACUAAAUGUCCAGAUCCUACCACAACCUAUCGGUACUAUGAGGAAGAUCAUAUGGUUAUGCAAAAAUCUGGAAUGUACAGUUUAUCAGCGUCAACAGAAACAAACCCGGAACUGCAGGUGCGGGUUAGCAAUAGGAGGGACACCAACCAUAGAGUACCUUCCUCACGUGAAUUCCAUCUAACCAUUGCAAGCAUGGAAAAAUCGAGACAGUCAUAGUAAGUGUUUAGCACACAUCCCAACGUCAGCGAUAUACUGCGCAGGCAAGCCCUCCACAAUCACAGACCAAACCAGAGUGUGUGUAUAGAAGAUAAAUCCCAGAAAAAAAUAUAUAUAUAUAUAUAAAUAUAUAAAUAUAUACAAAGAAAAAAAUACAACAAUAAAAACUGAACAACUUUCUUCAUGUUUUGUCCAUAUUUUUCUCUUCUCAAUCACUCCUUUCUUUGUGAUUGAGGAAUUUUGAUGUCCAACCAUCAUAUUUUAUCUGCAUGGAGUCAUUUUAUUCAAAUUGACCAACCAGCGGCGAAAAUUACCAAAAUUAAUAACAACAAUAACAAGAUUGAUAAUCACUGAAAAAAAAAGAAAAAAAAAAAACCUAACACCCAUGAUGACCACCACCUCAGAGAGAGCUCUUUUUUUUUUUUAUAAAAAAACUGGAUAUUUCUGA